AUGUUGACGGGCAGUUGGCGACGUACUGGCAUGGCUGUGCCAACCCCCUCUGUCCCAGGGGCACUGAGCAAGGGUCGUAAGAGUGCCAGAAUGCCAGGGAGCACCAUGGUACUGGAGGCCCUGUAUGACUAUUCGUACCAGGGAGCAGAUGGAAGACAAGUGUCCAUACACGAAGGGGAACGCUUUCUUCUCCUCCGUAAGACAAAUGCAGACUGGUGGCAAGUUCGCCGCAUAGGCGUGGGCAUGAAGGGCAAGCCCCUUUAUGUGCCCGCCACGUAUGUGGUGGAGGUGCCAGUCACAACCCUCCACUCCCCUCAGCCCUUUAACCAAUCAGAUUCCUCCCCCAACUGCACUGUCAAACUGACUCCAAGAGCCUCGCUUACCCCCUGCCUACAAACAGAGUGCUCAAUGCCAGACAAAGCUGUCUGUCGGUCCAUGGAAGAUCUCAGUUCAAAGAGUGCCUUUAAGGACAUUAGUCAGGGUGAGACAAGAAAAAAGGCAUUCUUUCCCACUCUUCCUCAGUCUGGUCAGCAAAACACCUCAGCCUGCUCUACCUCAGGGCGCUUAAUGGUUCCCAGUAGCCUUACUGGCUCAGCAGUGUCACUGCCACGCAGCAGAAGCUCCAGUAACCUCCCUGAGACCCAGCCUGGGGAGUGUGCAGGACCUGGAGUCAGAGUCUCUGCUGUGGGGAGCCCCACCAAGUCCUACAGCCAGUGGGAUGUGUGUGAGACUGGACGCAGACACACAUACAGCAAUGUGCAGCUCUCAGCUCAGGCCUACAUCUCCCAGGGUUCCUUUGUGGAGCAGCACCAGAUGAGAAGGCAGCUGCCAGAGCCGCCUAGCCCUGCGCCAGGAGAGCAGCCGCUGCAGAAGCUCGACCUGUGGGAACAGUACAGAGACCAUGUGUCCGGGCGCAGCUUCUAUGUCAACAUCAUCACCAAGGAAAGGUCCUGGAAACCACCCCGCAGGGCCCGCGAUCAUGCAGCCUGCAAGGCUGUUGAGAUCCAGGCUGUGACUCUGCCACGUGGCUCCAAUCAUCUGACACUGAGUUCAGGAAACAGUCCACAUCACAGGUCAUUCUGCUGUGAGUUGGGUGUGUCUUUAUUUUGCAAGAGGAAGAAGCUCCUUCUAGACUUUGCCUACAACACCCAGAAUGCAGAUGGUGAUUGGCAGCUGAGCCAGAUCAUGCAGCGUGCAGCCUCAUCAGACACCCUACACUCCACCUCCUACAACAUGAACCAUGCCCAGGGUGUUUCAGAGGCCGCGGAAUAUAUUAGCCACUCCUUCUCCAUGAUUGUCUCUGAGCAGUUAGCAAGGUCGUCCCCAACUGACAUGUCAUCAGACCACACAGACGACCAAAAGACCACCAAGCUCAUGGAGUCACCUUCCUCUGCCAGCUUUCUAGACAGUUAUAGUAUGAACCCAGAAAUACAGAAGGCGGGGCUGCUGAAUAAGACCAAGAUUGCAGAGGGAGGCAGGAAACUGAGGAAAAACUGGAACAUGUCAUGGGUGGUGCUGGUGAGAAAUAGCCUGAUGUUUUUCAAAGACCCAAAAACUCAAAGCCCAUCAAGCUGGAAACCAGGAAACAGUCAACCAGAAAGCAGUGUGGAUCUUAGGGGAGCUCAAUUACAGUGGGCAAAUGAACUCUCCAGCAAAAAGAAUGUCUUCAAGCUGAGGACGGUGACGGGCAAUGAGUUUCUGCUGCAGUCAGAGACAGACUCUCUGAUUAGAGACUGGUACAGCACCAUUCGCAGGGUCAUCGACAGACUGGACCGGGAGAACCCUUUGGAUAAUGUGCUGUUGUAUUCACUGAAGCGCUCAGGGUCGGUGGACCUGCUGGAUAACAGUGGGGAUGAAGACGAUAGCCGUGCAUGCUACAGGACCUCGCUCCCGCGCUCUGCCUCCAACCUAGAGAACUCGGAGAGGAAGAGAGUGAAGAGUCGUCUAAAGAAGCUCAUUCAGAAGAGGCCCACGCUACAGUCCCUGCAGGAGAAAGGACUAAUAAAAGACCAGGUGUUUGGCUGUGGUUUGGAUGUCCUGUGCGAGAGGGAAAAGAGCACUGUCCCUCGUUUUGUCAAGAUGUGCACAGACGCCGUAGAGAAGAGAGGACUGGACACAGAUGGGAUCUACAGAGUCAGCGGAAAUCUUGCUGUGAUUCAGAAACUGCGCUUUGCUGUAAACCAUGAGCGUGCCAUCACCACGGAUGGACGGUAUCUCUUCCCGGAUGAUUUGGUACAAGAGGAGAGGCUGGAUCUGGAGGACCCGCAGUGGGAAGACGUCCAUGUGAUCACAGGAGCUCUCAAGCUCUUCUUUAGGGAGCUUCCGGAACCACUCAUCCCAUACAACCUCUUCUCCCACAUUGUCGAGACUGUCAAGCUGUGUGAUUACCCAGAAAAAGUUGAGCAGUUGAAAUUGAUGGUGAACAGCAUGCCGCGACCGAACCAUGACACUCUGAAAUUUCUGUUUCGACACCUUAGACGGGUGAUGGAGCACUCUGACCAGAACCGCAUGACGACACAGAACAUAGGGAUCGUUUUUGGCCCGACCCUCAUGCGCCUAGAGCAGGAUAAUGGUAACAUGGCUGUUAAUUUGGUUUACCAGAACCAAGCAGUGGAACUCAUCCUCAGUGAAUACGACUUCAUCUUUGGACCUGACCUGGACGGCUCUGUCUAG